AUGGCCAUUCGCAAGCAAAGUAAACCCCGCAAAGUUCGCACUCACAAUGAUCCUCCGGACAAGUAUCCGCCGUUGGAGGCACCGGCGGCGCCAAGAAGGAAAGGAACUGUAAAGGAGAUAUUAGCAAUGCGUGAGCAAGGCGGAUAUAAUAGGAACAAUCCUGCGGGACUGAUAGUCACCACAUCCCCACCACAAGAGAUACAAAGCGCUCUAAAUAAACCCAAUCAAAGGACAAACCGUCUAAGAGCUUUCCAGCUUGAGGUAGAGGAGCAGGAGCGUAAACAGAAUAUCCCACAAAGAAAAAAAUCAUCAUUAGGAAAGAAAACUACCACAUCUACCGAAUCUGAGGACGAAUAUGACGCGGGAAUGGAAAAGAUGCGAUUGCAACAAAACCGGUUGCUCAAGGGGAAGGAGCAAGUAAACGCUUGGGCAUAUGGUUCCACAGGCAAAGGAGUGACCUCUGUUACUACCAAAGACAUGGCACAAAGAAAAGCGACUACAGUGGACAAUAAGCGCAUUCAUUCUCCCGAAUCCCCAGAUCGCUUGGCACCUUUAAAAUUACAGAGCGACGAAACUAAAACCCCUCAACCCAAGGCACCGAAGCGGAUACGAUUUGAAGAUUACAGUCGUACAAGAGAGUCAGGACAUAUACCUUUAAGGUACGGAGCGGCUGGGGGGUGGGGGGAGGAUUUCCAGCACCCAAAACAGGAUAUCGCUGGAAAUCAGCCCGGGGAGGGGCACGGAGCCUAUAUCACUUUGGAAGAGGUGGCUUCUGAAACUAGCACUGCCAGAAAAAAGCUGCUAGAAGGAAAGCACGCACAAAGUAAUAUGGGUUUACAACGAUCAAAGCCUGACCUAGCGAGGGGCUUCGACACAGGAAUUAAAGCUCAGAAUCCACGCCCAGACCACAAAGUGGCUGCUGAGCUAAGAAAGAGAGAAGCUAUUGUCAAAAUGUUCAAGGAUGACGUCCAAAAAAAGGCAGAAAUACCUAAAGCGGAUCGACGACAAAAGGGUCUGGAUGCUCUGUAUGAUAAUCUAUUGGCAAAGACUGUACCGCUGGUAAGGGGUUCCGAUGUCGUGCUCGAUGAGGCUUACACGGAGGAAACCUGGUGUAGACAGCUGGCUGAACGUAUCGAGCGGACCGUGGACAACGAUGGAAAGACUGAUCACAAUGCAUAUGUAAAGAAGUGUCGCUCGAUUCUAUUCAACCUCAAAAAAAAUGAAUCUCUUUUCACACGUCUGAUUGCUGGGAGUGUCGCUCCCGAACAUCUAGCCAAGAUGAGCUCAGAGCAGAUGUUAUCCGAAGAAGAGAGGGAGUGGAGAGAAAAUGAGCGAGAGAGAGCAACAACCAAGUGCACGCUUGUUAAGCAGACACAAGAACCCCAUAUUCGUAAAACCCAUAAGGGCGAGGAGCUAGUGGAAGAUAUUCAUCAAAGAUCAUCCCGAGAGCCAAUAAGCGACAGCCUGUUCUCCUCUCCUGAACUUAGGCCUCUGAAUUUCGAUGAAAACAGAACUACGCUGGAAAAUGAAUUUUGCCUUUCAAAGGUUCAUGCUCAGAUACCUCCGAUACAGCAUCCGAUACUAGUAAGUUCCACUAGCAAACAAAGAUCUGCAAAUAUAGAAAAUCCCGCUUCAUACAAUAACCUUCCCCAAGCCAGAGGAACACCACCCCUUGGGGCAACAGGCCUAUCUAUUCAUCCAACCUUAAAUCAGCAGGGAAAAUGGGGCCCUUCACGGCGGGGGAUUUCUGGGGGUGGUGAGCGUGGACCUUUUGACACAGAUGAAGGUUGGAAUGUACCUAAGGCCCCUGGUAGCAGCUACCCAAGGAUAAAGAUCAGUGAUCAGCCUUCAGUGGAUGGAUACCGGGAUAAACGACACUGUUCUCCACCAUACGCACACCAGAGGUGCGACACUCCACCGUACUCUCCGCCAAUCACCCUACCAUACUCCCCCACAGAUACCGUUGUUGAAGUUCAAGAGUCUAGGGAAAAUACCACAGGUGGAAAGGAGUUAAUUCAGGACCAAGAAGAAUACUCUGAAGACGAAUGGCCGUCACAGCCACCAUUUCCAUUUUAUGAUUUAACAAUAUCUGAUGAUUUGGAGAUAAUUGGGUCCAGAAAGCUGGUAAAUCCCAGUUCUCCCGCUCAGAUCUCUCGUCCGCAUGAAGGGGGAGGGUUACAGGCUGACUAUACUACCUUUCGUUCAAACCAACCUACAAGAGAGCCUCCGCCUGCAUCUUAUGAGAUUAGCGAUGAUGCAGUCUUGAAGUUCGGAUCUGGUGAGGAUGCAAUGUGGGAUUGUAGUCCUAAGAUUAAACCCUAUUGGUCGACUUACCAACAAGAGCCUACAGAUGUGGAUAGUAGGCAUAAUUAUAAUGAUGCCUUGAAUUCUAGCAUUAGAAGAGGUCACCAGGAGCAAGCUCAAGAGCAUGGAGGACUCUCCGAAAGCUAUGGAUACCACGUCCAGCAGCCUGGAAAUCGGAAUCCAGUUGAUCUACAAGCCCGCCACCACAUGUCUUCCCAAGACUACGACAACAGAUACCGAGAGCCCGCGUCACAUUCUCAGUAUUCCACGGCCCAGGUCGAAGUUGAUAUCGGCGGAUAUUGGAACGCCGCAAAUUCAACUAGCUUCCCCGCUGCUGGUAGCCUUCAGGGUUCGGUACAAGGCUCCGAUAUGGAUUCUCAACAUUUUUGUCACGAUGGACCCCAGGCUCACCAGCAGCUUAAUCGAAUAGAACUAUCUGAGCGACGUAGUGUUCAAUAUGGCUCUUCUAGUUAUUAUCCACAUGAGCCACCUUCAUAUAUGUUCGGUACUCAGCCUAACCCCAGCCCUGCGCUCGAUCCACGAACAGGGCCCGAAUAUUCUAACCCCGCUGUGCGCAUCGAACUCUGCACUAAACUCAAACCAGAAAGCAUUUAUCCAGCUGCAGUCAGGGGCUAUGAACCCCGACGCGACUCCCAAUAUCAUUAG